GCGCCGCCUUUCCGGCUCGGCUGUGCUGAGCCCCUGAGCCCUGAAGGGCCUUGGCCUGCCGGCCACCAGCCACUGCCGCGGGCCCGGGGCAGCCUGGCGGAUCGGCUCCGGGCGCUGGAUGUUCCGCACGUGUCCGCGGCGCGGCCAGCUGGGCUCGGGCACUUGGUGGAACUUUGGCUGCUGCCUGGCAGAGCCCUGAGCAGCCUGCAGGAAAGUGCCCAUGGUCCGGGCCGGAGCUCUCCGAGGUGCUGCAGGUGGAUCAUGGUGGAAACCUUGAAAGUGGCUGUUCUUGGAGCCCCAAAGGUGGGGAAAACCGCCAUCAUCCGCCAGUUCCUGUACAACGACUUCCCGGAGACAUACCGCCCCACGGGGUCCCGGGACACCUACAGACCCUCGGUCAUCUACAACGGGGACAUGUACGACGUGAAGAUCAUGGACGUCCCCUACUUAGCUGCCUUCCCAGCAAACAGCUCUCAGGAGUGGUCGGACCUGAAGUGCCGUGGGCUGAGGAACACCAACGCCUAUGUGCUGGUGUAUGACAUCUGCAACCCCGAGAGCUUUGAGUACGUGAAGAUGAUCCAGCAGCAGAUCCUGGAGAACAGGCCAGGUGGCGCCAAUGAGGCCCCCAUCAUCGUGGUGGGGAACAAGCGGGACCAGCAGAAGCAGCGCUUCACGCCGCGUCGGACGCUCUCGGUGCUGGUGAAGAAGAGCUGGAAGUGUGGCUACAUGGAGUGCUCUGCCAAGUACAACUGGCACAUUGUCCUGCUCUUCAAGGAGCUGCUGAGCAGUGCGCUGGCCCGGGGCUGCAAACACCACCACUCCUGUAUGCGCCUCCAGGGGGCGCUGCACACAACCAGAUGCAGCCUCAUGUGAGACAUGCUGCCAGCCACCUCCAGGGGGCGCUCCCUCUGCUCUGUGGGUAGAGUGGGGGCGGGUUGGGAACUGGUUACCCAUCACCACCUGAAAUGGGCUGUGUGCCGAGGGGACCCUCCCACCACCACCUUGCCUCUCCUGGCCCCAGGGGUUCCACUGUUCUUGAUUGUACCAGUGCAAAAAAGGACUCAUUGUUCUGGGCACCUGUGCCCCAACUUCUCAGGGACUGAGCACAUGACGCAGGCUCUGGAGCAGAUGGGAAUGGGGAUGACCUGAGCGUGGCCAAAGACAUAAGUGUGGGCCUCAUUAUGUAAACGUGAACCCCAGAGCUGGCUUAUGGUGCUGAUGUGGGGCAGAGCAGAGGGGACGCUGAGGUUGCAGAUAUGAUGGGGGACAGAGAGUGGAGGGAGAUGUGAUCUGCCCACCCCCUACCCUAAAGCCUCCACAGCUGAGUGCUGUACCACCCAAAGGAGCUCAGGUCGGGUGCACGAGGGUUUUGUAUGGAGAGAAUCCCUACUGGGCAAAUUCUGCAGGCUCCUAGGCCCACAGGCCUCGGCAAGUGUGUGUUGGGGGAGGUUUUGCUGCUGCCUUGUCUGCAAACAGGGCUCCGUAGCCUCCCAGACAUGUUCCUUAGCUGUGACUCUUUGGCCAGUUGGUUUUACGCCCAUGUUGGGGCAAGGGCAAAAUGUUUUCAACAACACUUUUUUUUUUAACAAAAUAUUACAAAAUGUUGCAGCCUUUUCAACCAAACCAAACAUGAGAAUUUUAGUCAAAAUGUUUUUUUAUUUUAUUUUAUUAAACCAUUUUUAAAAUGUUUUGGUUCAUGUGGGUGGGGGGAAAGAUCCCCGUUGCUGCCACUGCCCCUCAACCUCCAGUUGAACCAAAAAAGGGGUCAGUUCCUUGUUAGCGGGUUGGAAUUGACUUGCCUGGUGGGGAGCAGCUCCGGCUGCUGCGUUGGUGAGACCUGGUUCUGAGCAGCCACAGGGCCUGGCAGUGUCAGUGGUAGCCAGACAGAACCACACAGUUCCCUCCCUCUCCGCCUUGUCCCACCCCAGUGACAGCACCAGCCCUUAGCUGCUUCUCUUCCUGCGGAACCGCCUGCGGGACACAAGGAAUGGUUGAGUGGUUAUAAAGGGAGUGGUUCCAGUUCCUGGGCUCUCAAAUGCUGAAUGCUGCCGGGACUCAGCAGCUGGG